UGUGUGGUGAAACAGGAAAUGAGUGCAGACGAGGCAAGCUGAAACCGGUAAAAGCUCUAGUGCACACAAACACACACACAUGCACACACACACACCUCCACAUACACUCGCUUGUGCGCACUCUGUCGCACUGGUCCCUCUGCCGCGACUUUAGACCUUUGAGCCCCAGGUUGACGGCGAGAGCUGUGAAGUUGAGACAACAAACGCAAAGACCUGCAAGGGAGAAGAAGGAGGAAACCGUGAAAAACAGGGAGAGCCGCGCAUGUCCACGGGAACUGUCGAAAAGAGAGAGACCUACGGUUAGGAUGGUGUUACCGUCCUCUUCCUCCAGGAGGGCCUCACACGAGCACAUGACCCCAGCGUGACCCCAGCGUGACCUGCAGGCGGGAUGGCGUCGGUGUGCAGUGUGGGUCUGGUGCUGGUGGAGUUCGGGUAUGAGUAUAUAAGUCGAGACGGCUUCACCGUGUCCAUUAAGCCCAACGAGCGCUACACCCUCCUGGCCAAGACCAACAACCACUGGUGGCAUGUGCGCAAAGACGAGCACUCCAAGCCCUUCUACGUGCCCGCCAAGUACGUGAAAGAGCUUCCACCAAGUUUGCCCUCACCGCUGGACUUUGCGGGGGCGCCGGGGCCCGAGAGCAGGCCGCCCGUGCCUGACCUGGCGGAGAAAGCCAAGCCCAAUGAGGUAACAAUACGCUUGCGCUCGCCGGGGAACCGCCGAAAGACGGAGAACCGCAUGUCCACGUUCGGCGUGCCCCUGGACAUCCGCGAGCCCCCCUCGUACCUGCACGGAGGGCUGGCUGACUCCCUGGCGUCCCUCCACCCCGCCCCCAUCCACACCCCCACUCCAGACGCGAUGCAGCAGCAGAAGAAGAGGCUCAGUCUCGCCCCCAGCCUGCUGUUCGGAUCCCGCGGGAUCACGGCCGACGACACGCUGCAGAAGGCCCGUGUCCCUGGGUUCGGCCCGGCUGACCCCCUCCCUCGUCGGGCCGAAGCCGUGGAGCCCCCACUGGUCAAGAACCUGAAGGAGACCAGGCAGCAAGGAUUGCCACCAAAGCCAGAGCCGCUCCUGCUGCCGGAGGAAGAGCCCAGUGAGGAGCCAACGCCUUCGCCAGACACAGAGAACAUUUAUGAGUCCAUACUGGACCUGAAGCUGGAGGAUUUGGUAAACACAGAAACUGGUCCUGCUGGUUUGCAUGAGUCUACAACCAGCACACCACCAUCUGCACCACAGGCCAAGCUAGGGAAUGAGGACCCCACUACGGCAGUGUAUGCCAAUGUCACUGAGCUGAAGAAGGUGACAUCGCUCUCAGCUCCCUCCUCCUCCUCCUCCUCCUCCUCCUCCUCCUCCUCCUCCUCUCCCGGCUCCUCCCUCAGCCCAGCCCAGGAAGCCGCCGCGCUCCCCGCCAGCGGGCCCGGACGGGAGGUCCGUAUUGACCAAGACGGCGGCAAGGCUCAGCAGAGCGACCGGUCAGAGGCCCUUGCGCCCUCUCGCCCGACUGCAGGCAGGGAGGCCGCGCCGGCCUCCGCGUCCGCGGGCCUAUCGGAGGGCUCCGACUGGGAGCAGGUCCUGGAUGAGACCACAGGCAGGCACUACUACUACAACCCCACGCUGCAGCAGACGUCCUGGGAGGCGCCGGAGCUGCUCUUCCCUACCCUAGUCGUGGACGCCAAGCAAGCAGAAGGACCGCCCCCCUUACCUAAGGAAGACUACCCAGCAGAUGAGCACGAGUCCCAGUCUGCGCCGCACCCCUCCAAGGACGUGCCCCAGGUCAAACACGCAGUUCUGCCCCGGGUCACUCUGGACCCUGCAAGUCCUGUACCGGCAGGCUGGACCUGCACCACGGAGCCCGGGGGGAAAAACGUCUUCACCAGUGAGCACACAGAGCACCAGUGGAUCCAGUCAAAGGAUGACAAAGGCAAUCCAUAUUAUUACUCUAGAGAUGGCUCUAUGUCCAUAUGGACCCUUCCUGAGGCUCCGGCGAUGGGGAACGGCAUGGAGCAGGACCCCCAGAAGAACUGGAGACACCACGUAGGCCAUCAUACCACCACCCAUGAGGAGCCGAAGUUUUUCUCAGGGCACCACAGAAAUGCUUCAGACCAAGUCAACGAUACCUCCAGCACAGGGAAUUCACCAGAGAUGCCUCAUCAGGAGGACAGGGUGAAGCUGAGGAGGAACCUGUCUAGCACAGAGGCACACCACCAUCAUGCAUCACUGCUAGAGAAGGCUGGCAUUCUUAACAAAACGAAAGUGGCAGACAAUGGAAAGAAACUUAGGAAGAACUGGACACAGUCAUGGACAGUGCUUCAUGGUGGCAUUCUCACCUUUCAUAAAGACCCCAAAUCUACUUCUGCUGGAAUUGUUUCCAAGACCAAUCAGAUUGUCCCGGAGUACACGGUGGAGCUGAAGGGUGCCGUAGUUGGCUGGGCCUCUAAGGAGAAGUCCAGCAAGAAGAACGUUCUAGAGCUCAAGACCCGACAUGGCUCAGAGUAUUUAAUACAGUAUGACACAGACAGCAUUAUUCAUGACUGGCACAAGAUCAUCCAGGACACCAUCAGACAUCUAGAUCAUGACCAUUACUCCGAGGAUGAGGAAGAUGAGGUAAUGGAGAAAUCACCACAUCCUGCAGACAGAGAGAAAAAGAUCGCUUCGGCGAGACAGAGUUCCACGUCUGCUGCAGACACGGAGCAGGGCCGCGUUCGCACCAAACUACGCAAGUUCCUCCAGAGACGGCCCACCCUGCAGUCAGUGAAGGAGAAGGGCUACAUCAAGGAUAAUGUGUUCGGCUGUCAUCUGGACACCUUAUGUCAUCGGGAGAACACCACUGUGCCCAGAUUCGUGGAGAAGUGCAUCAAAGUGGUGGAGAGGAGAGGUUUAAACAUUGACGGUAUCUACCGAGUGAGUGGGAACCUGGCGGUCAUCCAGAAGCUUCGGUACAAUGUUGACCGCGAGGAGGAUCUGGAUCUGGAUGACGGCCAGUGGGAGGAGAUCCAUGUGAUCACUGGGGCUCUGAAGCUCUUCUUCAGAGAGCUUCCAGAGCCCCUCUUCCCCUACAGCUUCUUUGAGAAGUUCAUCGCUGCCAUCAAAAUUAACGACUAUAGCCAGAAGGUCUCUUACAUGCAGGACUUGGUGAGAAAUUUGCCCUUGCCCAACCAUAACACCAUGGAAGUGCUUUUCAGGCAUCUACGAAAGGUGAUUGAGCACGGGGAGUCAAACCGGAUGUCUGUCCAGAGUAUGGCCAUAGUGUUUGGGCCUACUCUGCUCCGGCCUGAGGAGGAGGCAGUGAACAUAACGGUCUACAUGGUCUUCCAGAACCAGAUUGUGGAGCUCAUCCUCAAUGAGUUCAAUGAAGUCUUCCGUCCCAGAUGAGCCCGUCAGCCUGAGUGCCCUGCUGUCCAUCUGAGGCUGCUGACCCCAAGAGUCUUAAUGUGUAAUGUGUUCGGGUACCACUGGCUUGUGAUAUUUACCACUUGGUCAAAUUAUGAAAUGGUACAGUGCAUUUAAGUUUGGGGAAGAGCUUAGAAAAUGGUCAGUCGCACAUCUAAUGGAGAAUGGUUACAUAAAAAAUGAAUUGCUAAAUAUUUAAAAUGUAUCCACACACAUUUGGAUAUUUUUGAUAACUGUCAUUUUUGAUAAGUUAAUUUGCACGUCAUUCUCUAACAUUGUGAUCCCCAAAGUUUCUACCUGUAAGUAUAACUUUUUAAACAUUUUAUUUCAGUGCAUGGUCAGAUUAUCUUAUUGGCUUGUGACAGCCAGUCAAAUAGGGACUUAUGGGGAAAUACACUGCAAAAAUAAUCACAGGUUCCCAUUGACCCACACAAUGUUUAUGCUGAGAUUCCAACCACUCAGCAAGCUUGCUUUUAGCCCAAGUAGUUAUAGCAUCCACAGUCUCAGACUGUUGGGGAAUGAGAAACCGUCACCCUGAAUAUUGACCCUACGGCUCCUAGGCUCCACAGGGGGAUACCGGAGAUGGAAGCUGUUGGAAAAUACUGACCUCUGGAUGCCAGGGUUGGAAAAGACUGACCUCUGGAUGCCAGGAUUGGAGAAGAUAUGGGGAGAAGUCAGUGACUCUUCUCCAUUUUGUUUGCACUGUUCGAAACAAUAUGCCAGCCAAAACCUCUAAUGCCCGUGGAAGGCUUACAGUGUUCUGUCAUCCAAUCAAGAAAUCAGGAAAUGCUGGACAGGGAGAGCAGAUGAAUAAAUAUGAUCCCAUAGCCUCCCAUUUUAGUAGAGCAAAUGUGCUCUACCAAAUGGAGCUCUGCACACCACAUAUCAUGUCAGACUAAACAAGCAGGGUCGUGGGUUUUCAGUGAUGGGUCAUCUGAAGAGAAAUGUUUGCCGUACAUAUAUUUAUCUCCUAAAGUUAUAAAGGCAUUUUUUAAUGCCAGAUGCUAAAGGAAAAAAGUCAGAUUGCUGCCUUUCCUUGGUUUCCAAUGACCAGAUAGUGGUUCUUUAAGACUUAUAACAUGCAAAUCAACUUAGUCAAUCCAUAUGUCAUAAAGAAUGGGCUUACCAUAAGAAAACACUCUAAAUCAACUCAGGUAUAAAUAACACCAGUACUGACGCAUUCUUAGAACAGAUGAGCCAGUGCUGAUGUUCUCAGUCUGCUGUGAUGAACGUUAAAACGUAGUUAUGACCGAUGGAAAGGGAGCCAGUAGUCACAGAAUAUUAUCAGUGGCUUUAGGUAUGACAGAUUGUCUUUCCCAUCAAUAGCUGCAACUGAAUAUAUCACACAAGACAGCAUGAUACGAAAAAUACCUAUGACACUAUAAUACGGUUGAAUGUUAAACAGAAUAUUAUCCAUAGAUGUGUACAUAACUUGGUGUUUAUGUGAAAAAAAAGUAAUGUCAGUACAUUUCUUACAUAACUUUUUUUUUUUUUUUUUGUAAAUAGGCAAUAAAUUACAAAUAAAUAUUUCAAGCAAGUUAAUUUGAUUGAAUUAUUUACUGUAGUUUUUAUACUGGUAAUUAGUUUGGAUAUAAGAAAUAUUUGAUCGACUAUAUCUCCUUUUUCCUGCAAGCAAGUGGAACGUAAACAACAAAGUAACUUUUUUGUGCGUGUGGAUAAUUUAACCAUAAAAGAGUGUCCACAGAAACAAGACCUCUGUUCAAUCAAUGUUAUACAUUUAAUAAACUGA